AUGAAUACCUCUUUUCCAAAGAUGUCCACCUCAUCAUUAAGUUAAACGACAUCUCAAACCAACUUUUACGAUUCAAGUCCAAUGUCAUCAUAUUCAGCUAAGCAAUUAACCUCAAAUGACAAUUUUAAAGUUGUGGUUCGUGUAAGACCUCCCCUAUAGAGAGAAGUGAUAGAUGGACGUUUCAUUUCCACCAUUCAAGUGUCUCCUGAUCAUAAAAAAAUCUGCCUCUACGAAUAUUACAACAUCGACUUAGUGGAUCCAGAACAUCUUGAAGAGUACCUCAACAAUCCCAAUAGUUAUACAAUGCACACCUUCUCAUUUGAUUACGUGUACGAUCAAGAUAAUACACAAGAAGAAGUAUAUGAUAAUACAGCGAGACAUGCAGUGCUCUCUGCGCUUCAAGGUUUUAAUGCCACUAUCAUGGCCUAUGGAUAGACUGGAACAGGCAAGACAUUUACAAUGGAGGGCUUCAAAUACAAUUGUGUAGAUCCUUAAAGAGGUAUAAUUCCAAGAGCAAUCGAGGAAAUCUUUAAGCACAUUUCAAAUGGAUCCAAUGAAUCUACCACCUUCAUGGUCAGAGUGAGUUAUCUUUAAAUUUACAAUGAAGUCAUAAGCGAUUUACUGAGAAGUGAUAGAUAAAAUUUGCAUAUCCGAGAAGACAAAAAGAGAGGAGUGUUUGUUGAAGGCCUCUCCGAAUGGGCUGUUCGAAAUCCUUCAGAAAUCUAUUCCUUAAUCUAAAAAGGAGCCUAAUCUAGAGCCACAGCAAGUACAAAGAUGAAUGAUGUAAGUAGUCGAUCUCAUGCAGUUUUUAUAAUAAUAGUGGAAUAAAUGACAGAAAUUGACAAUCAUAAAUCUAUAAAAGUGGGAAAACUCAAUUUAGUAGAUUUAGCAGGAAGUGAGAGAGUUCGAGUCACCGGUGCCACAGGUAGAAGAUUAGAAGAAUCCAAAAAGAUAAAUUAGUCAUUGAGUUGCUUAGGUAAUGUUAUCUCUGCAUUGAUUGAAUAAAAAACUCAUAUUCCAUAUAGAGAUUCCAAAAUUACACGUCUCUUAGAAGAUUCCUUAGGUGGUAAUUGCAAAACUACUAUGAUGGGAAUGAUAUCACCAGCUAUUGAUGCUUUUCUUGAAACCUUGAGUUCAGUCAAAUUUGCCAACAGAGCAAAGAAUAUUAAAAAUAAAGCCACCAUCAAUGAGGAUGUGGAUCAAAAGGCACUAUUAAGGAAAUAUGAAUGUGAAUUAUAAAGAUUAAGAAAGGAACUUUCAGAAAAGAAUAAAACAAUUGUAGAUUCAUCAAAAUUAAGUCAAUUGGAAGAAGAUAAGAAGAGAGCAGAAUAGGAUAAGAAUGCUGCUAUGGCCGCACUUGAAGCGAGGAGCAAAUAGUUUUUCAUUGAAAGAGAGGAGAAGAAGAAGUUAGAAGAAAAGAUUCGAUAAAUCAAUAGUUAAAUGUUAAUAGGUGGAUGUAAUAUUGAAAAUAGUCCAUAAUUUAGAAAUGCCAUUGAAGAAUAAUAGAAGUUGAUUAGAGCCUAAUAUGAGAAAAAGAUUACAGAAUUAGAAAAGGAAAGAUCAUAAUUAGAAGAAGAUAAGGUUCAAGUAGAUAGAUACAAACAAUUAACUCUCAAACAAAGAGAUAUUAUGAUUGCCUUGACAACCAGGUUGAAUGAAAGAGAUGAAACAAUAGUAUAAUUAUAAGAUGAACUUGAUGCUUAUGAUAGAAUCCAUAGAGAAACAGAAACCAUGCUUGAUUAGAAAUUAUAACGAGUUUAAUAAUUAGAAGAGUAUGUUAAUUCAAUGGGCGGCAACCUACCCAAUGUUUAAUAGAUUUAAUCAAUUAGAUAGAGUAAAAUUAAAGAUUGUGUCACCCAAGAUGGCCAAGAAACAUACAAUAUAACAAAGGAGAACUUAUAGGAUUAUGAAUCUUAGAUUGAAUAAUUGACUCUAAUUAAUUAAGAGCAGGAUUAAGAGAUUUAAAGGUUAAACAAUCUGUUAUUGAAUCAUGAGAAUUCAAAUUUAAUGGAAUAUGUGAAAUCCUCUGUUGACAACAUAAUCGAUGCUUUAUCCUAACCAAAUGAUGGAUUAAAAUUGUAAAGUGUAGCCAAAGAUCUAAUUAGUCUCUAAAAGAUUCUCUCAGGAGAAUAAUAAUAAUCAAGUCAUGCUUUUUCAAACAUCUAAAAUAUUGUUCAUUCCAGAAAAGAAUCUCCAAUGCAUACUAAUUAAUCCAAAAAGUCUUUAAAUAAUUCAUAAAAUUAUGAUGAUGAUGAACAACCUCGUUAGUUAAAUAACUUUUAUACUUUUUCCAAUAAAUCGUAGACUUCUUCGAUGAAAAAAUAAAAGGAUCCUUCUCUUCCAAAGCCGUAAAUCAAUGUUUAAGAAAUUAUAAAAAUGAGAGAAGUAAAAAGAAACCUCUAUUCUUGA